AUGGAAGCAGCCGACUCAAAUGAGCAGCCACCUGAAGUCAGAAGUCCACGAAAGAUGGAUUGGAGGGAUCUUACGGAAGCCGUAUGCGUUCUAGCAGCUAUUAUGUUCUUGAUUGGAGUCGUAUUUCUGGCCAUUUAUAUUUAUAAAAUAAUUAAACAAACCGUCAGUGAUGCUGGUGCAGUUGAGAGUAGCGAGGAAGAAACCUCUGUUCAAGAAUAUGAUGACACCACCAACACGGAACAGACAAGUCCUGUUCGGCUAUUGAGUUCAGAGAUGGAAUCUCCUCCAAGAGUAGUCGGUGGAACGAAUGUACCGUGUAUCAACGUCAUAUUCCGGAACGUACCACCGUAUCUGAGGUGUACCCAGUGUGAGUUAGGGCGAAUGCCAAAGUCCGAAGUCCCCAAAGCUCAAUCAAGCCAAGUUCCCCAGUCUCACAACGUUCCCAAAGCGUCGAUCUCUUCUUACAGUGAAGCAAAAGAAGUGCCAAAGUCCGAAAAUCCCUCAAGUUUGACCCCUUUAUCACCGUAUGCCCCCACAUCCGCUAAUGCUCCCCAUAAAGAAGAAAAAGUAAUGCAAACAGCUAAAUCUGAAUCAAACCAGGCUCCUGCGUCGUCUCAUGCUCCCUCAUCGGCUUCCACACUUCCUAAGGAGGCAAAAGAAGUGCAAACUGCCAAAUCUCAAUCAAACCAGGCUCCCAUGUCGUCUCGGGCCGCUACAGCCAUUAGCGUUCCCGAAAGCGUAACGAGAGGAGCAGUCUCGGGAAGUAAUGAAAGUAGAGCAUGA